ACCGAGUGUUAUUAUAGAUCGGAGGGCUGGCUGGAAAGUAGAAAUUCAAUUUUAACUAAAUACAUACCUGCCACUACUGUGAUGGACCGUACAGGAGCGUAGACGCACACGGUUUUCGAAAACAUCGCAGAAUAUUUGACUUUAAAUGAAGAAUUUUAAAGAAGUCAAAUUUCGGAAACAGUAAUUACAUUCCAAAGACUGUAAUUUUUUUGUGAAAAAGUGAUAAUUUUAGUAAUUAUAAAAUCACAGGAAGGAUUACCCGGUUCAUUUAACUUCCCAGAAGAAGAAAAAAUCUAUCAUGUUUUGGAAAAGAAAACGGCCGGAACGGGGAUUGAGGGCGUUAGCGGAAGGUGGUUUGGCAUUUGCAAGGACGUACUCCAACAUAUUAGCUCAGACUGAAGAGAAACUCGACCAUGCCAUCGACAGAGAAAACCGGAAACCGAAAUCGACCGUUGGCAAGGUACGGAUGGAAGGCGAGAAAGUCCUCCACAGUAAACAAGUCCUACUUUGCAUCGUCCUGCUAAAUAUAUUGGACUGUAUCCUGGUUCUAGGGGAGCUAAUCCUUGAUAUCUACAUCCUCAAAGGAGUGUUGGAGAAAGCAGAAAAGAACGAGAUGAAUUUUAUUAUCCACAUGAAACAGAUAUACCCCGACUACCUGGCUCCAUUGGAAAACACGGAUAUAAAUUUGCUAUAUAGAGCGAUGUUAGAUGCUGACGUAAAAUGGGGUCAAGGGUCACACGAUAUGCAUGUUACGGAUACGUCACACGGAACCGGAAGUCAAACGACAACGAAUCCGAAUGGCACUCAUAUCGAUACCACUACAUCAACGUACAGCGCUACAACCACAAACCCGAACGGCAUCCAAAACGCUACAACCUCAAACCCGAACGGCAUCCAAAACGCUACAACCACAUCGACGGACAACGCUACGACCAUUUCAGAAAGACGCCGGCGGGCAGUCUCGGGCGCCGGAAGUCCUAUGGCACUUACUAUCGACGGAAACGGUACAUAUCACCAUGACGACCACGACCAUGCGCACUCGAUUGAAGAGGACCUUGCACACGGAUUUCAUAAAGCUAGUAUAGCAAUUCUGGCCAUUUUAGUGGUAGAGACGAUGUUGAAGGUUUUCUUUUUGGGAAAAGAAUUACUGGAAAGAAAGUUGGAGAUGUUUGACGGUUUUGUGGUGAUCGCCUCGUUUGUGGUCGAUAUUGUCUUUCUCAAAGGAAUGAGCGGGAUGCAUGUCCGAGAGAUGGUGGUCAUUCUGGCUUUCCUGGUUCCGUGGAGGGUCAUCCGAGUGGUCAAUAGUUUGGUUGUAGCAGUCAUUGAUCACGAACAUUUCCGCAUGAAGUUGUUAUACAAACAGAAGAAACAAGUAUCUGUGGACCUUAAGAAAGCAAAGGCUGAAAAUAAGUCGCUGACGAACGGAAUAGAUGUAGUAAAGAAGAUGGCCGUCAGCGCGGGUUUGUCAGAACAGGACAUUGACAAACGACUCGCUAUCGUCAGCGUUCAGGUUGGAAAUAAAAAGAAGAAAGGAUCGUCCAUAUCUAGUUUCCAUCAUGCACUUGGCAGUAGCAAGAAAAAGAGCUCCUCAUCUGUCUCCAGUGAUCCCAAGGUCUCUAUACCGUCCAUUGAGGAGGGCGUGGAAAACGAAGUGUUCGCCAAGAGUAACGGAAUGGAUGACUCGAAAUCUCUACCGCAAUGACAACUGUUAGGUUCAGAAAAUCUCCAUAUGUGUUAGAGUAUAUCCAACCAUCAAGAUAAACGGUUUUAUAUUGAUUAUAAGAAAUGAUGUUUAGUCCUGCUCAAAUACAAUUUAUCACGUGACUGACGUAUCAUGUCACAUCAUACGGCCAUAUCAUAACAUGUUAGACACGUGUGAAAUUACACUAGUUUUGACGUAAUAUAUAAAUGACGUCACGAUGACGUCACAUGAUUGUUGUGGUGGUGGAAUCGAAAUUAGAAAGUCUAAUAAGGAAACUUUGACAUUUUCCAAUUAUCUUAUUACGAUUGAAUCAUGUUUGUAACAAGCAUUUUGAUUGGCUUAUAGAUUCAUGUUAUCAGUCCAUAACGUAAAAAAUGACGUCGCUUUUUGUAACGCCGCUUUUGAUUGGUGGAUGGAGCAGAUAAUGAGUUGUAAGAGAAAAAGGCCUAUCAAUGAAGUGAACUUUUCCAGUGUAUUGAUGAAUUAGAAGGAUUAACUUAAGGAAUAUAAUAUUUUUUUAUGCUGUGGAGUUAUAACACUAAAAACCGGAGAGUGUUCUCAUCCUUAACCGCUUUGCGGUUUAUCUAGAGUUAUCUCCGUUUUUGUGCGUUAUUCAAGUUAAUCCUUAAAUAACAUCAUAAAUACCGUCUGACACUUUUCUCACAGCAAUAUGGAAUUAAUAAAAAAUGCUCAUGGCAAAUGCAAUUAUUGACAUAUUUUAAUGAAUUUCAUAAUACAUUAACACUCAUUCAAGAUCCUCAUAUUUUUUUUAGAUUGCAUUGAAUGUUAGAGAAGAAAGCCCAAUGCACUCUUACACAGAUCCGCUCAAAAAUGUUUACAUAGGUUGGGCUGCAAUGCAUUCUGGGAGAUAUUUGCUCAAAUUGUUUGAAAAUUUUCCAGAAAGCAUCGCAAAUUAAAUCUCUCCAAGAACGCAUUUUGAUCCCUCCAUAAGACAGUUUGCUCAACGAACAUUGACAUUUUAUACAAUAAGAGUUGUCUCCCUUAGGUCGAAUCCCGACGACAUUCUUUUCAUGUUUUUAACUGACUACGCAUUUUUAUUUUCACGUGUAUUCGGAAAUUGCGAUAUUUUUAGAUGCAUUUUUUUUCAAACUUUUUCAGUAUACACUACGAUUACUGUGAAUACAUAUAUUUUUUUCUUUUUUGUUGUUGUUGUUUACUGGUUUGUAAACUGCAUUAUUUUUACAUAUAUUUUAAGUUACACGAGGUAGGGUCUCAUGUUGAAAUAACUGCUGUAUAUAAAAAAAAAAAAAUUGUGCAUAUAGUAAACAAGAAAAAAGAAAAAAAAAAUCUUAUAUAAACAUUUUGCUUGUUUUUUUUACUACGUGUACUUUGAAAAUAAAUAAUUAUUGUCAUUAAAUGUACGUUAUACGCACUGACGGAACAGCCCGACAAUUGAUUGACAAAACAGCUGAUUCCAAUUUGGCGGGAAAGGCUGUCACCUUUAGGAACAAUACAGAAUAUAAUUCCACAAUAACAUUAUCUUUUUAUCCCCUUUCUGUGAGAAAUUAAACAAGAAUUACAUCUUCAAUUUACAUAUUGUUUGAUUUGCAUCAUAUUUUAUGAAAAUAAAUUCACAAAAUGAAAAGAAAAAAAAGCGUAAGUGUGAAUUAAAUGUUUAUUAUGUGCCAUCAGGAUAUACUGUUGUCCAUUUCUUGCCAGUAACAAAUAUCUCGACAUUUUUAUGCUAAAUGGACAUGUUCUUGAUUGCACUGCUUAUAUUAUACUUCUAAUUUCUAUAAAUAGCACAUAUUUGAAGGCAGAUUUGAUGAUCGCGCAAUUUGUUUACUUACAAAGGUAUGCCAUUUAUAUAAGCUAUAAAUAAUAGAUAUUCGUUGUUUAUAUCUACAUUUGUUUCAAAUUUCGCUGUUUAGGUAGAUUGUAGUUAAAAUUGAAUAAGAUUUUGUCAUUCAAUAAAUGUCGGAGAGUACACGUGGCAGCCAUUUCGGUUGGUGAAGUUAACAGCUCACUGGUUAUAAUCAUGACGUCAUUAUUGUAUUACAAAAAUGUAAAUAUAACGUAAAUUUAUGUACUUUUACAUUUCCAGUUAACAUGUUUAAUAUAUCUCUUGCACGCGCAGAUACAUGGAAUAAAUUUCCAACUCCAAAAUCAAUUUAUGUAUAAUUUGGUGAGUUACGUCCCUUGAUAUUCACAUAUAAUACAAAGAAGUCUUGGGUAGGAACAUGCCCCAAGUCCCUGUGUCUCAUCCUAAUUAUAAAUCUACUUGCAGAUUUAGUUCUUGAUUUGAUUCUGUUUAAUCCAAAACGAGGUCAUUCAAUUUUGUAUCUAAAUUCCUUUACAUGAACUAUUGUACACAAUAAGUUGUGUUCCUUUUCAAUCCUAAAAUAAUAUAUCAAUACAAAUAUGAAAAUUCAAUUUCAAGUUUUAUUAUUUCAUUUACACAGGGACUGGGAAUUUAGGUUUCCGACACGCUAUAAAGAUUAUUCUGCAUGUCGGUUGUCUUUUCUUAUUUCUGUAAAAAGAACUCUACCUGAUUUGAUGGAUAAAAAAAAUAAAAAUAAUUUUUUUUUUUUUUUUCAUUUUGAAACUUUUGUUGAAAUAGAACCUUCAAAUAGACAUAAAGAUCAAUUAUCAAAAAGAUAAAUCGACUUUGUAUACAUUAUUAUCUAUGAACAACUUGUUCUGUUAUUUGGUUAAAGUUUAGUUUUGUUAAAACAUAUUUUAUUGACAUAUUGACAAAAUUAAGUGAUUGGUCAGACGUGAGUAUUGAAUUGUGGUGAGGAAAUGAGUGUUCUUUGCACAGGGGCAUGUAACAUUGCUUCCGUGGGAGAAGUCUUCUGCAGCAUACAAAUGUACUAUAGUUACUUACAAAUCCCUGUGGUUCUUAGUGCUAGAAUGGUUCGAGGACGAUAUAACCUAGAUAUUCUCAGUAAAGGUUAUCCAAUAUCUCGCCAAAUCAUCACAUGAAACUAUCCGAAGUCGCAGAGAAUUUCCUUGGAAGGUCGGGUGGAUUUGACUGGCUAUCAACCUCAUCCCUUUCUCUCCAACCCUCGACCUCUGUCCUGUCUUCGGCUUCCUCAUCCAGACCCCCUCCCUCCUCCCCCCCCCCCCCCCCCCCCCCCCCCCCCCCUCCGUUAUUUAAAAUUCGGAAUUACGUUAACAGUAACUUUAACAUCAUUAAAUCAUUAUUAUGAAGAGGAUGUAUUUUUUCGGGUUUUGAUAUUUAAUUUUACGCUAAAGUUAUUUUAACAUCACAUUUUAGACUGAUGAAGA